AUGGAUAACAGUGAUAGUAUUGAUGGAUUUGAAGAUUCUUCUAUAAACACAAAUUUAUAUCAAAUUCCAUGUACAAAUGAAAUAUUAAUUGAUUCUCAUAAAAGAACUACAACAAGUAUUAGUUUUGAAAAAAAUGGAAAUAGAUUUCUAAGUGGAGGAAAUGAUUGUAAAAUUCAAAUGUUUGAUUUCACUAUUAUGGACUCAAGAUUUUUACCUUUUCGAGAACUUCAAGGAUUUGAAGGAAAUAUAAUUAAUUCAAUUUCUCAUUCAUUUAAUGAUCAAUUAUUUAUUACUGGAACUUCAAAUGUACAAAUUAAAUUAUUUGAUAGAGAUGGAAAAUUGAAAACAGGGUCUAAGAAAGGAGAUAUGUACAUUGUUGAUUUAAAGAAAACAUUUGGACAUACUAGUGAAGUUACUCAAGUUCAAUUUUCUCCAAUUUUUGAAAAUGAGUUUAUUUCAACAUCUGUUGAUGGAACAUUAAGAAUUUGGGAUAUUAAUACAAUGGAAACAUCACAAAAAGAAGUUAUUAAAUUGUUUAAAACAAAAAGAUCAGCUGGGACAUCUUGUAAUUAUAAUUCUUUUGGUAAUUUAAUAUGUGUAACUCAUGAUAAUGUAAUUGAUGUAUUUGAUACUAAAACACCAAAAAUACAUCCUAUUUAUUCCUACAAAACAAAUUUAUCAUAUCAUACAUCUGUUCAAUGGUAUUGUAAUGACACAAUGAUGAUUACAAGAAAUAAUGAUGGUUUAUAUAUUUUUGAUAAUAAAAUAAAUAAAUGUAUUAAAUAUAUUGAAGUAAAAUGUCCAACACUUCAUAAUAAUGUCAUUGUUAGUCCUGAUAAUCGAUUUAUUCUAUGUUGUAAUGAUACUCAUCUUCAAUUUAUUAAUACAUCUAAUUAUGAAUUAUGUGAUGAAGUUGAAUUAGAAAAAGGAACAUUUAUUGAAUGGAAUGAUUGUAUUAACCAAAUAUUUGUUGGAGAUGACACUGGUCAUAUUCAUAUAUUCUUUGAUGAAACACUAAGUAGAGAUGGAUGUUUAUUAUGUAAAGAUAAAUUCAUAGAAAAUUUACCACAACAAAUCAUGGAUAUGAAUAUAAUUAAACAAAAACCAUAUCAUCAUAAAAAAUACAAACAUAAACAACAAAAAGAAAAUAAUAUUGAUUUAGAAUAUAAACCAUUAUAUAAAGAUGAAACUAAUGAAUCUUUUAAUUCUACUAUUCAAUUAAAACAAGAUUUUACUCUUGUUGAUCCUAGAAAAGCAUUAUUUAAAUAUAAUACAGACUAUCCAGAAUUAAUAAAAAGAGAAACUAUAUUACAAGAAAUAAAUGAAAAUGAUGAAAAUGAAUAUCAAGUAAAAAGAAAAUUAGAUUAA